UAAGAAACCCUGCGCCAAUACUUCCUCCUUUUCCAGGCGGCUGCCGAAGAUGGCGGAGGGGCAGGUCCUGGUGCUGGAUGGCCGAGGCCAUCUCUUGGGCCGCUUGGCAGCCAUUGUGGCCAAACAGGUACUGCUUGGCCGCAAGGUGGUGGUUGUGCGAUGUGAGGGCAUCAAUAUUUCUGGAAAUUUCUACAGAAAUAAGUUGAAGUACCUGGCCUUCCUCCGAAAGCGGAUGAACACCAACCCUUCCCGUGGCCCCUACCAUUUCCGGGCCCCAAGCCGCAUCUUUUGGCGGACUGUGCGAGGCAUGCUGCCCCACAAGACCAAGCGAGGCCAGGCUGCCUUGGAACGCCUGAAAGUGUUUGAUGGGAUCCCACCACCAUACGACAAGAAAAAGCGCAUGGUGGUCCCUGCUGCCCUCAAGGUCUUACGCCUGAAGCCUACAAGGAAGUUUGCCUACCUGGGGCGCCUGGCUCAUGAGGUCGGCUGGAAGUACCAGGCCGUGACAGCCACCCUGGAGGAGAAGAGGAAGGAGAAGGCAAAGAUCCACUACCGGAAGAAGAAACAGCUGAUGAGGCUGCGCAAGCAGGCAGAGAAGAACUUGGAGAAGAAAAUCAACAAGUUCACAGAUGUCCUUAAGACCCAUGGACUCUUGGUGUGAGCCCAAUAAAGACUGUUUAUGCCUCAUGCCUGGCCUCCCUGCCCUUCCUCAUCGCCGCCUGGAAAGUGGGGCACCUGGACAACUGUCUAGGUUGGCACAGGCAAAUGGGGACCUAGAAAGUAGGGACAAAAAGCAGGUGCUUACACAUUGAAGUUGUGCUGGCUCACCUGGUUUGCGGUCUACUUUGUUCCCAAGAUAUUCUAGGGAACAUAGCAAAUUGGUCAUAUUGAUUGCAGUAAUGGAAGUGACUGCACUGCACACUUCCAGGUGUGCCCAGGAGGCAGGCCCCUUACACCCUGCAGCUGUCUGAAUGGGGCCUUCACCUACUGGGGAAGUUAGGGGUCCGCAGCACAGAUGUAGGCCUGCCUACCUGCCUCUGCUCCUUCCCCUCUGAUGAAAAAUAAAUUAUUUUUGAAGUGUC